CAGCGGGGAGCCGCGCCGCGGGAGCGUCAGGCGCAGGAUGCUGGCCUCGUUCUAUGCUCUUUGCUGGCUCUGAAAUGUUAGGGGCAGCCCGCCACCCUGUGUUUCAGGAGGCACAUCCCACCCGGGGCCAGACUGCGAGGAGGCCGCAGCUCCGCGGUCUGCGGCCAGUCCCGCGAGAGAUGGCCCCGGCGGCGUCCCCUCUGCUGCUGCUGCUGCUGGCGCUGCUGGCCCUGCCCGGUCUCCCGCCCCGCGCCGCCGGCUGCCCCGCUGCCUGCCGCUGCUACAGCGCCACGGUGGAGUGCGGUGCGCUGCGGCUGCGCGUCGUCCCGCCCGGAAUCCCGCCUGGGACGCAGACGCUUUUCCUGCAAGACAACACCAUCGCACACCUAGAGCCCGGAGUCCUCUCGCCCCUCGCCACUCUGCGCCGUCUCUACCUGCACAACAACAGCCUACGUGCCCUGGAGUCAGGCACCUUCCACGCGCAGUCGCGUCUACUGGAGUUGGCGCUCACCGGCAACAGGCUGCAGGGCCUGCGUGUCGGCGCUUUUGCAGGCCUGGCCCAGCUGCGUGCCCUCUACUUGGCUGGCAACCAGCUGGUGCAGCUGCUGGAUUUCACCUUCCUGCACCUGCCGCGACUGCAGGAGCUGCACCUUCAGGAGAACAGCAUUGAGCUGCUGGAGGACCAAGCCCUGGCAGGGCUUUCCUCACUAGCACUGCUGGACCUCAGCAGGAACCAGCUGGGUACCAUCAGCCAUGAGGCCCUGCAGCCUCUGGCCAGCCUGCAGGUUCUGCACCUCACAGAGAACCCGUGGCGUUGCGACUGUGCCCUGCACUGGUUGGGAGCCUGGAUCAAGGAGAGGGGCAAGCGGCUGCUCAGCUCUAGGGACAAGAAGAUCACGUGUGCAGAGCCCCCGCGCUUGGCACUUCAGAGUCUCCUGGAUGUAUCUGGCAGUAGCCUCAUCUGCAUCCCGCCCUCCGUGCAUGUGGAGCCGCUGGAGAUGACAGCCAACCUGGGUGAGGACCUGCGGGUUGCCUGCCAGGCUUCCGGGUAUCCACAGCCCCUGGUGACUUGGAGAAAGAUGGCCCAGCCCCGUGAGAGGCAGCCGCUGGGCCAGGCCCAGCCAGAAGGCGGGUCACCAGGCCUGGGUGGGCAUGCGGCCUCCGACACGGGCAGCGGCAUGCUCUUCCUCACGAACAUCACCCUCGCCCACGCUGGCAAGUACGAGUGCGAGGCCUCCAACGCCGGCGGCGCCGCCCGCGUGCCCUUCCAGCUUCUGGUCAACCUGUCCCAACAGCAGCAGCUGCAGUUGGCGCCUCCGCCGGCCCCGGCCGCCGGCACUGUCAGCCACGAGAUCCUGCACGAAGCGGGCAGCAUGGCCUUCCGCGCCCUGGGCCUGGCCACGCAGACGGCCGUGGCGGCGGCCAUCGCUCUGCUGGCGCUCACGGCGCUGCUGCUGGCGGCCCUGAUCUGCCGCCGGCGGCGCAGGCGGAAAAAGUCACCUGGGCCGCCGGGAGAGGGCGCGCUGUUCGUCAACGACUACUCAGACGGGCCCUGCACCUUCGCGCAGCUCGAGGAGCUUCGCGACGAGAGGGGCCACGAGAUGUUUGUCAUCGAUCGCUCCAAGCCACUCUUCGCCGAGGGCCCGGUGGUGGCCGAGGGCGGGGCGCCCGGGCCUGCGCAGGAGCUCCCGCUGCAGCCUCCCGCCGACUAGAAGAUCCGCGGCUGAAGGGCGGGGGCAAGGCGCGCGGCGCGAGCUGAUGACGUACGUCCCGUGGACUCGUCUCGCGCAUGCGCAAUCAGUAAAGAGUGGAAGCUGCGCAGUGUGCGGCGAGACGUGUGUGGGGCCCAGGGUUGGUAAGCAGGCUCCUGCGGAACCUCCGCCCUGCAAAGAGAAGUCCUCGGGUGCGAACGGAGGGUUACCAGAGAGGCUCCCAACACCCCCACUGAGGCCCUCUAGAAACGACCCCUUCCAGAAUCACCCAACCUCUGGCUCUGCAGGGCCUGACCCUGGCCCCACCGCGCUGGAGGAUGCUAGGCCUCCCCAGGGUGAAGGAACCACGGACUGCAGAGGUGCCCACAUGGGCUGCCAUGCUGGUGGAGGCACCUAGGGAAGCAGAAGGGGCAACAGACUGGAAGAUUGCUGCUGCCCGGUGGUCAUGCUGGGAGAGACAGCAGAGACAGGGAUAAGUUAUUCUGACCAAUUAUGACAGAAAAAACAGCCACAAAUUUAAGUUCCAAACACACUGCACAUUGUACCUUAAUGACACCCUCUGACCCCAAAGCCCAGCCAACGACAGCUGGUCCCCCGGUGCCAGAGAAGGGAGAACUGUGAGGCCCUUGGGUGCAUGGGGACCCAGCUUCAACCCCACAGCAGUCUGCUCUUG